CCCUGUGAACAGCCGGCAGGCACACAGUGGACAUUAGCCAGAGAGAGGGGAAACAACAACAGAAACAGAGAGACAGGCCCUUUUAGACAGUCUCCCUCACUUAAUCAUACACAUCUUACACAAGCACUUUUCUCCGUGUGAGGCAAGCCAUUCAGCAUGUCGCGAGGCAGCUUUGUCUUCACACCCAUGGCCUUACGCUCUCUUGAACUUGACGAGGACAUGCUGGAGAGAUACAAGUACAAGAAGCAGCUGGCCUCCCAUCACCUCAACAGCUAUAUGGUGAAGAAAGAGAUCAGGAACAGGGCACUGCUGAGGUCCGACACCGCCCUGCCAGCAGCUGUCUGCCAAGAUGUGGUCGUACAGAACGCUCUGUAUACAGGAGACCUUGAGGCUAUGCAGCACCUCUUUCCUAGAGGAGCCACAGUAAACCUCAUCAUUGAGCCACAAGGAGGGGACAUGCGCUGGGUCGCCACAGGGGAAGGACUAUGGUCACUGAGUUAUGAGCAGGAGCUGACCACACCACUUCACAUCACAGCUGGCCGAGGCUUCGCAGACUGCCUGAGACUCCUGCUGCAGCGUGGGGCCAAUGUAGACCUGUCACCUGGGGGCACCACUGCCCUGCAUGAGGCCUGUGAAAACUGCCAGCCAGAGUGUGUCAAACUGCUGCUGGUCCAUGGAGCCAAUGCCAAUGCGGUCUCUGAAGAUGGCCUUAUGCCUUUGCACAUUUGCACAAGCCCUGGAUCCCUUGAAUGUGCCAAGUGUCUCCUCCAGUAUGGAGCAGCAAUCAAUAGUCGCACUAUUGAUGAAGAUGACACUCCCUUACACGUGGCAGCCAGGAACGGCCUCACAGACCACACUGAGCUCUACCUGCGCUAUGGGGCUGCUGUGGACAAACAGAACAAUGAGGGCCUCACACCACUGAAUGUUGCUUGUUCACAACGCCAGGAGGUGCAGGACCUUCAAGUUUACUUCAAGGUGUGCCAGAUGCUGCUGGGGGCAGGGGCCGACGUCCACACUUUGGACCAGGACAAACACAGUCCUUUGCACAUGGCCUGUAAGAACGCAAAUCCAGACAUAGUGGAUCUGCUGCUGGCUAAUGGUGCCUGCGUUAACGACAUGGACUAUGGCGGUGAAGCUCCCAUGCAUAACAUCCUGAAGGUAGUGUGCUUCAAGGUUUCCCAUCAGCCUGAGAGGAUUGUCCGCGCCCUCCUCAACCACGGUUCUAUUCGGGUGUGGCCUGGAGCUCUGCCCUUGGUUUUGAAGCACUGCUCCGAGUCUCCACGCACCAUCGAGGUUCUUCUGAACGCCUACAGUCACCUCAAAGUCACAGACACCUGGGUUGAGUCUGUGUCAUCAGAGGUGUAUAAGGAGCACAAAGAGUUCUAUGACUCAGUCUUCUCUUUGGCACUGACUCCUCGCUCCCUGCAGCACUUGGCACGCUGCAAACUCAGGAACUUCCUGGAGGGACGGGUGCACAAGGUGGUCCCUAAACUUGACCUGCCCACCUACAUCAAGAACUACCUGCUCCUGGAGUACAGAGGCUAUAUCCACUGAAGGAUCCUGAUGAACAUUGAGUGCUGCUACGUGUUCCCAAUAUAAUAACAAAAUCAUAAUAAUUCAAAUAGUGACACCAGAUGCUGCUCUUCACACACACAUAUUAUUAAAUAAAUUGUUGUAAGUUUUCAGGAGGAAGAAGUAGCUGCUUGUUCUCUGUCGUUUAUUCCAGAUCAGUCUUUUUGGCACAGUUACAUGUUUGAUGUUGCACCACAAGAGGGCGCUAUAGACUAGAGAUGGUAAAGUAUAUGGCAUGUAUGCAAUUGGAAUGUUUUAUAUUUGAUUUAUUUUAUCAUCACAUUUUGUUUUUUGUUUUUUUUUACUUUUGCACUUGGUAGUAAAGAGGCUCAGAUGCUUGUAUUUUUUUAGGAUGUAAAUGCGCAUAGUAAUUAUGUGUUGUACAUUUAUGUUUGCCACAGAAUAUUUGCAUAAAUAAUUAUUCUCACCGAUAUGAUUGUAAUUAGGCGUUUUAUAUAUUAAAUAUAUAUAUAAUAAUGAUAUGCUUCAUAUCAAAUAAAAUAUCCCACCAUGGCCAUGUAA